AGCCCAAAAAGGAGCGCCGGGAUCAAAUUAGGAAUCUUCAUCACAUUCAUGAUUCAUGAACACUAUAAAAAAUCUUGAAAAUUCCACCAAUAUUUUAACCCUAAUCACCUCUUAUUUUACCCCUUUUCAACCCUACAUCAAUUUCAACCUCUGAUUUUGAUUGUCAUUUUAUCUCCAUUUCAUCCUUUCAGAUAGAUAAAAUUGAGUUUUAGCAAAAAAGCAAAUCCAGACAUCGGAUCUGUUCUGAAAGAUACAGAUACAGUCAAAAGAUAUCUUUUUCAAUCGUACAUUCUCGGUCCCAUAAACUAGCCAUUUUCAUUCGUUUCUCUCUUCAAUUCCCCACAAAAUGUACUCCUAAAAGAUUAAUAAGAGUGUAAAAAAAGUGGGUAUUUUUUCUGAUCGAUUUUUGUCUCUUCUUUUGAGUGUUUCUGGUUCAAUAGCUUUUUAAGGGAGAGAUAAAGAGAAGAAUGUUGGAAUUGAGGGCCAUAACUUGUUUCCCACCUGCAAUUUUUGCAGUUUAUGCUACCAUUGCUUGUGUUGAUGCAUUUAUAGCUGCUUUUGCCUUCUUCCAGUUAAUGAGGAUUCACUCUAGAAGUGCACAACUUGAGUGGACGCGUCAAAAAGUCUUUCAUCUCAUGAUUGGCUUAUGUAAUGCUGGUUAUGUUUUGUAUUUUGUGUUAACUCUCACUGCUACUUGUAAUGGAUGGUCAUGCUGGUCAAGCUCCUGCGGCUUCGUAUUCAUGGCCUUACCUAAGAUCCUUUUCUUUGCGGCAUUUCUUCUACUUCUGUCGUACUGGGUGGAUCUUUGCCACCAGGCUGAUGAUGAAGAGGAUGAGGGAGACAAUACUUCUCUUGAAGCUUUGUUGGAUAGGACCAACAGCAAACCACAUUUAUCAAACAUUGCCAGAAAUCAACAUUGUCUUCCUUUUCGAUCAAUUCAUGUUGGUAACCGCCAACGGGCUGUUAUCUUGAUUACGGUUGCAGUUUUUAUUGUAAUGAUUGCCUUUGCUGUGCUAAUUUGGAUUGGGAUGGGAAAAAAUCCGAUUGAUUCAUCAACGGUUGCUCGGGUCUAUGUGGAUAUCUUUGCAGUUGGAAUUCUUCUGUUAGGAGGAGCAUUGGCAGGUUAUGGGCUCCUAAUAUAUUUGAAGAUGAGCAAAGUAAGAUCGGAGGGAGCUUCAUCCGAGAUGUGGAAGGUCACCGGACUUGCCGUUGUUUCUCUUGUAUGUUUCACAACAAGUGCUCUAGUAGCUCUUCUUACAAAUAUCCCAGUUCUUUACCGCUGGCGUCAAGAGCACAUUAGUGGUUUGAGCACUAGUGUCUUAUUGAUACUUUACUAUUUUAUAGGUUCAUCUACACCUGCAGCUUUUGUAUUGUGGGUCAUGAGAGAAUUGCCGCCUUCGAGGGUGGCCAGUAGAGUCGAAGAAUCAACAAUAGUGACCUUUAUUAGUGAUGGAUCGACAAGACCCAACAAUCCUCAGCGUUGGACUGCUGUAACCAGCUUGCAUAAUCAGUGUUCAAAAGCAAGCCCUAUUUAGUGUAAAUCAAAGCUGGAAGCAAGUCCGAGUUAAAUGUUUUGAGCAGAGUUUUGCACAUCGUUUCGAGAAGUUGAUCAAUGUGGGACCUUGAUUUUUGAAAGAAGCUGGUUUGUUGUAUCAUGCAUUACACCAGUCGAUAACAUCAAUGAUUCAGUUGAUUUACUUUGAUUAUCUGUACAUAGAAAUCGUGCUCCUUCCCGUAUUUCGAAAGUGAAAAAUGGAUUGGAGGGGGCUGAAAUAGGAGGAACUUGUUACUGACGUAGAAAUUUGCGAAAUUUUGUAGUUCGACUCAGGUGGAUUAUGUGUUGAAAUGAAGAUGGGCAAAGUUAAUAACAACUGUAUAAUUAUAUCUCAAUAUGCUGAUAACAGCUGGAGUGCCAACUUUAGUUAAAUGAUCAAAAUGAAAUGUUAGAAAUUUGUUUGAUGA